UUAACUGAGGAACCAUUCAGGCUCCUCGGAUGUAGAAUUUGCAUAUACUUUCUCUUGAGGAAUGUCUCGCCGACUUGUGGCCUAACAUCUGCCAUUGCAUACAUCAUCGGUAUAGAAUCAGAUAUAUCGAGUCGUCUGUAUUCAAGCCAGAGUUUUGUUGCAAGAGUCAAUGAUUACAGAUGUAUGUCAUGGAGAAGUACCAGCACAUGAAAGCCUUUAUAGGAAAUGCUUCAGAAUACUCCAAACAUCGCACUGAAAAGACAUCCAGUUCUCUCCAACGACAUUUGCAGAUUUUGGGAGUGACUUCAGACAUGAGUAUCUUUGAUCCUGGAAGCAGUGUUGCUGCUGAAUUUUAUGUUAGUCUUCAUGAACUUAUGUCUGCAUUGGAACCAAGGUCAGGGCUUAUUUGGUGUGCCAUUGGGGUUCUGCAGCAUGCUUGUCAGAACCCAGCUGCUCGCCAUGCUCUAAUUCAUACCUACAAAUUUGCACCCAUCCUCACUAGGCUUCUUGGUGCUGAUCUCAUUCAAGAGAAAAGGGUUCGUGUUCUACAGCUGUUGCAGGAGUUGACAUAUGGAGUGAAGAUCUCAUGGCAGGAAGCACACUUACCGUAUCUCAUCUCUAUAUUGACAUCUUGGAUUGUUAGUGAGGAGAAGGACAUAAUUAGUUUGUCGCUUGGUGUUUUGGUGAACCUGUGCUACAAGAACUUGCCAGCUGUGUACACUCUGAUGCGUUCUGUGGACAGCAAGCAGUUUCUACGCACCAUUCUAAAACUGCAGAAUGACAAUAUUAACACACGUGUUCAGGUGUGCAAGCUUCUCAUCAUUCUGGAACACAUUUCUGGAGAGAUUCCUGACACAGACAUCCUCAACUUUGUGAAUGUCACAUUUUCGACUGUAGGUGAUGCAUUCAAGUCUCAUGACAUAUUCCUGCUGAGACAUAUGGUGGAUUUCUUCAAAGAUGUACAAAUGAAUCCUCAUUCCAGAGAUGUUCUGCUAACUUACCAUAGUUUUUCUAGUGAUACAGAGCAGUUGUUGCUUCUGCUGGCUGGUGAUGCUGCAGAACCUGAGUGUGUGGGGAUGCUCUUUGAAUUCCUGCAUUCCCUCAUAACCCUUCAGGUCACUGGUUUAAGUAAGCUAUACCCACGCUUUGUAACUGUAGCCAUGCAGUGGAUCCGCACAGAAUUAGCCUGUACACAGUCACUCUCUCUAAUCUGCUCCAUAGCUGUGGAUGUAAGGCAGAGUGAUGGAGAUGUUGGUACAGUUCAAGUACAACAGAAUGUCCUGGCACAGUUGGAUCAGAGUCUGUUGGUACUGCUCCUAAUCCUGGAUGUGGGGGUAGAUGAGAAUUACCUCACUAAGUCAGAGGCUCGUACCUCAAUCACUGCUGUACUUCGACUACUUCAGGAAAUGAGUAAAACACCAUCACUACGCCAAAAAAUUCUCCUCUCUCUAAAGCAGCAGGUGAUGCAGAACAUAUUUCAGCCGCUGUUAUCAGUGAAGCCUCAUGAUGGAGAAAACUUAUUUCAGACAGAGGUCAUAGGACUCUAUGUUUGUGCACUUGACUUCAUCUCUGAUCUUGCCUCUCAUGAUGGGCAGUGGCUUAAGUUGUAUUCAGACUUGCUGCAGCAUAAACAAGUGCAGAUGAUACUGGCUGUUGCACUGUAUACAGGCGAAGAGAAUAUUAAACGCCAAGUUCUAAUGCUCACUGGUACUGUUGGCUUCCCAGCUGAAAGUGUGUCAUCCUUAGCCAAAUCACUAUGUGAUCUUGAGCCUCUGAUGCUUGUAUCAAGUACUUCAAAAGCAUCUACGGACGGAGCCCAGCAACGUGACAUGAUGCCGUUAUUCAGUCUUGCACAGGAGGGUCGACUUGACAGCUUCAUAGCUAAGCUGGAAUGCAGUGAGAUUCGUGACAUUUCCACAUCAACAGUUAUGGAGCUAUAUGGAUAUAAGCUUGCAGCAAUUGGUCACUCAGAGAGAGUCCUAAAGACAAGCCUGGAGGCAGCAAACAAUCAUUCAACACAUUUGCACCAUCGGCUGGCACAGAUGAGUGCAGAGGCAAGCAGACUCUACCAGUUGUUGUACCACAAUCAGCAGUGCCUUGAAGGUCUCCGGCAGGAGAAAGAUGCAUCCAUUUGCAGGCUGGAGGCAGCACAAUUGGCAGCAGAAGAAGAACAUAGGAAACAUGUUACUGAUACAAAAGCGAAACAGCGACAAGUAAGUGAUUUGAAUGCAGCAAUAGAAGAACUGAAAAGAACUGUAGUCAUAAAAGAAGAAGAGUUGUCACAGACAAAGCAACAUUUGGAUAUAAUGACCAAGCAAACUGAGGAAUUACAGUCUCAUUUUAUGCUGAUAGAACAGAAAUACAAAGAUCAGCAGUCCAAGAAUUCAGAGUUGACAAGAACACUUUCUAAACUAGAAGAGAGAAUUGUUAAAAGAGAGAGAAUUAUAGAAGAAAAAGGAAAUGAAAUAGAGAAGUUGCACAAAGUAAUACAAAACUUAGAAAUGGAGUUGACCAACUACAAAAUGUUGUGUAAAGCUCAGGAAAAGAACAUUAUGGAAAAGGAGGCAGAGAUGACUGCAACACAACAACAACUCAGUGAACUUCAGCGCAUGAGGGAAGUGAUUUAUGAGAUUUCAGGGGGAAAAAAGAAAAUGGACAAGUAAUCCAUAGCUGCUUACUGACAGAACGGCUUAAAAUUAUGAGUGGUGUCAUAUAUAUAUAUAUGUUUUUAUACUUUGUAUAAUGAACAUGGUGCUUUAUUCUUACAAAUAGUGUCACAUAUUUCUGUGUGUGACUAUAGAUGGGGUUUUGGAUUACUGAAUUUCUUGAAAACUUACAGGAUUUACUACAAACAGCUAUAACACUAUCACUAUUUCUACAUUUUACAAUUCACUGUUACACAAACUUGUGUCCUCAGUCUGUUAUGGUGUCCACUAUACGUUUUCUGGCAAUGAAUUUUAACACAGUCUCACUGAAUUAUACACUCCAAAUAUCACUGUACUACAGCACAUAUAAACUCUUCUCUUCACAGCCUGACUGACAACUGAACCCCAAUUCACUAGCUUCUUUCUUUUAUUACCAUUUCAUACGGACUGAAGAGAAAACAUCAUGCCCAACAAUUCCUCUACUGUUGCGUGCGUAUCCAUUGCUGCGGAAACUUGUUUGCCUAGCCGUUGCCUAGUAAUGGACAUCUCCUCUGGCUCCACUAUUCUGGCCUUCAGGCAUCAUAUCACAAUAUAUAUUUUAUUUGUGUACAGGAAAAGAAUAUGGAACUUCCAAAACUCCUCAGUCACAUUGUUACUGUCAUGAUUCAUGCAAGUUAAUUGGAAAAAUUAUGCCUUUUAAUGUGUGUUCGUAAUGAAAACCCAUAAAUUGCAUGGAAAGUAAGGAAAAUAUUAACUCUUUAAGUGAUGUGGCAGUCAUCUCUUAACUUCCACAUGAGUGAAAAUUUUCACUUUUAUACAAAAAAAUGAUAUAUUUACAAAGCUGUAGACUAAAACCAAAGUAUAUAUAACAUCAUUAAAGCCAAAUUUGUCAGUAUGUGUUAUAGUUAGCAUCCUACAGCUACACACAUCACAAAA